GCAGUCUUAGAUUCAGCGUCUGCCUCAUCGCCGAUUUCGCUUGGGACACCGGCCGCUAUCGGCGCAAAAAAAAACCUUCCGCGUCAACUAUAGUCAUCUCAUAUUCCUGGUCCUUCUCCAUCCUCUCUUUCCCUUUUCCUUUCUCAAUCCCAUAGUUUCUUACAUAUCAUCAUUGUAUUCUGUUGAUUCUAUAUCUACCAAGAUGCCUGCUACCAAGAAAAUCGUCCUGCUCCCCGGUGAUCACGUCGGAAAGGAAGUCGUCGCCGAGGCGCGCAAGGUGCUCGACGCCAUAGUCGCUCUCCGACCAGACACAAAGAUCGAGUACGAAGAACAUCUGAUUGGCGGCGCCGCCAUCGAUGCCACAGGCGAGCCGCUCCCGGACGUCACCUUGAACGCCGCCAAGAGCGCGAACGCGAUCCUCCUCGGCGCCGUCGGUGGUCCAAAGUGGGGAACUGGCGCUGUUCGUCCGGAGCAGGGAUUGCUCAAGAUCCGUAAAGAGCUCAACCUGUACGCGAACCUGCGGCCGUGCAGCUUCCCCUCGGACUCGCUUAUCAAGUAUAGUCCGUUGAAGGAGGAGGUUGCUCGUGGAACCGACUUCGUGGUCGUCCGUGAACUCGUCGGCGGAAUCUACUUUGGCGAUCGUAAGGAGGAUACCGGUGACGGCGUGGCUAUGGACACCGAGGUGUACUCGGUCGCCGAGGUCGAGCGUAUCACUCGAAUGGCUGCCUUCAUUGCUCUCCAGUCCGAACCCCCUUUGCCGAUCUGGUCGCUCGACAAGGCCAACGUCCUUGCCUCGUCGCGGCUGUGGAGAAAGACCACCGAGCGCGUGAUCAAGGAGGAAUUUCCUCAGCUCACGCUCAAGCACCAGCUCAUCGACUCGGCGGCCAUGAUCCUCGUCAAGGAUCCCAAGUCUCUCAACGGAGUCAUCGUCACCUCGAACAUGUUUGGCGAUAUCAUCUCCGACGAGGCUUCUGUCAUCCCUGGAUCGCUCGGACUUCCUCCUUCUGCUUCUCUCGCGUCUCUGCCGGACGGAAGCGAGGCUCUUGGUCUUUACGAGCCUUGCCAUGGCUCUGCUCCUGAUCUCCCGGCCGGCAAAGUCAACCCCAUCGCUACCAUUCUCUCCGUCGCAAUGAUGCUCAAGCUCUCGCUCAACAUGAAAGCCGAGGGUCUCGCCGUCGAGGCCGCGGUCCGAAAAGUCCUGGACUCAAAAGAUAUCGGCGGUUACGAUGUCCGGACAGGUGAUCUCGGCGGUACGGCGUCGACCUCUGAUGUCGGCGACGCUGUCGUCAAGGCUUUGAAGGAAAUUCUUGCUUAGGGAUGACAUGAGAUGUAACAAAAAAGUAACGUGAACCGAUAUGGGAUGCAUUUGAUUGUACUGUAAUGGGUGUUGGGAUGCCCUCAAAAUAUACAAAUUUCCACCAGUAUCGCAUGGCAGCUCGUAUCUACAUAAACCUCACUUGUUCAUAGCUUUGUAUUUACAUUCAGCAAUUGUGUCUCAGGGCGUCUAACCGAUCCACAUCUGUAUCAUCUUCCUCUCUCUGCC